UCGUCGUCGUCGUCGUCGUCGUUAGUCGAGUGGUGCGGCUCGUCGCGAUGACCUGUUAAAUUGUUCUUCUCCUCUUUCUUUGGUGGGUGCGCGUGUGUGAACUCGGCAGAAAACAAAAAAACGUUGAGAGGCGGACGUUUUCGUUUUCUUUUCUGGAUAGUUCGUUGUUAAACGCCAUAAGCGGAAUUUGCAGCGACAUAGCCAACAGCGUUACAGGCGUCGCGCGCGCGGAAGGUCGGCGCCGCUGCGGAGGAUGGAUCAGCCGUCGACUUGGAGCGAGGCGAGGCAGCCGAAGACUAGCCCCAUCACCGACGACUACGAGAUCAGCAAUCACGUGCUGGGACUGGGCAUCAACGGCAAAGUGGUGCGCUGCUACGACAGACGGGCUCGCGAGAAGUGCGCCCUCAAGGUUCUGCACGACUGCGUAAAGGCCAGACGAGAAGUGGAGCUGCACUGGCGGGCGUCCAAUUGCAGGCACAUCGUACAGGUGAAGGAUGUCUACGAAAAUACCUACGGCGGCAACAAGUGUCUGCUCGUCGUCAUGGAGUGCAUGGAGGGCGGCGAGCUCUUUCAAAGGAUACAGGAUAGACAGGACGGUGCUUUCACGGAGAGAGAGGCAGCCCAAAUUAUGUAUGAAAUUUGCAUCGCCGUGAAGCACCUGCACGAUUCCAAUAUAGCGCACAGGGACCUGAAGCCAGAGAACUUGCUCUACUCGAAACCAGUCAAUCCACAAUUACCGAUUGGUAGCAUGGGCAUUUUAAAAUUAACAGACUUUGGAUUCGCAAAAGAGACACAUCUUAAAGACACACUUCAAACACCUUGUUACACCCCUUACUAUGUUGCACCUGAAGUUCUUGGGCCAGAAAAAUACGACAAAAGUUGCGACAUUUGGUCAUUAGGAGUCAUCAUGUAUAUACUCCUAUGCGGAUUUCCACCAUUCUACAGUACGCACGGCUUGGCAAUCUCACCAGGUAUGAAAAAGCGAAUUCGCUUGGGCCAGUAUGACUUUCCAGAUCCUGAAUGGUCGAAUGUAAGCGCAGAAGCUCGUGACCUUAUCAAGAGUAUGCUCGCCACGGAUCCCCUUCAACGUUUGCAAAUCGACGAGGUCAUGAGGAAUAAAUGGAUCUCUAAACACACUGAAGUACCAGCAACGCCAUUGCACACAAAUCGUGUAUUACGAGAAGGUGAAGAGAUGUGGCCGGAGGUACAAGAAGAGAUGACUCGUUCAUUGGCGACAAUGCGCGUCGAUUACGACACUGCCAAUCUCAAACAGCUUGACAAUACCAACAAUCCAUUACUGAACAAACGACGACGUGCCAAGCAACAGUCUAGCAGCCCAGGUCUACCUACAGCAACUUCCUAGGACAUAGCCAAGCUCGUCGAUUAUAUCGAUCAAGUGUGCCCUUAGCGAGGACAAUACAUGAUGCAUAGGACGAUUGUUUUUGCUCUUGCCGUAAGAUUAUAUGUGAAGAUAGAGAGCGUGAAUUGUUUAUUUGUAAUUGUCUACUAGGUAAAGCGUUGAUAUUGCUGUACAAUAGUAUUGCAACGUUGAUAUUUAAGACAAUUGCGUUGGGAAAACAGUUUAACAAUACUCUUGUCGGAAGUAUACGAGAAUACGUUAACAUUGAUUUUUGUGAUUUUCAUUUUGUUUCUUUCCUUCGUCUUGUUUGAGCAUCAAUCAACGAAUUUAAAAUGAUUAUAAAUAGAAUUGUGGCGAGAUUUUUAACAUGCGGAUACAUCCGUCAAAAUAACAGUUGAGUUUUAAACGUUGACGCUUCGUUCAUUAUCCGUCACUACUUUAUAGUACGAAUGCAUUUACAUAGACGGACACUGUUUACAACCACGGACAAUAAUAAUCAUCAGAGUAUGUCAUAGUUUUAACGGCGCAUCGACCGUUAGAGUAGUAACGGAAGAAAAGUAGGCGAGAGAGCAAGAGACGUUCGAUAAAUGUUGUUUAUUUCAAAAGGUGUGACACAUGUCUAUUGUCAAAUAUAUCCUACCUCUUUACGAGCACUUUUCUCCUAUAAGGAGAGGGAAUGAAGCCUUUUACUCGCGCUCUGUGCUGUGUAUAAGAAGCCAAGCGCACGUCCUUCUGUAUCGUCAAUUCUGCUUCAACAACUCAAGUGUUGUUACGUGUAUCAAGCCUUUUGCGGUGCCAAAUGCAUUUCGCGAGGACACAUCAUCUGGUUCGGAUACUUUUCAUUCAGUCGUUUUCAUUUUUAAACUUUACAAACAGUCUAAUUUGUUUUUGUGCCAGCUAGCAUGUUGUGUCGAGGUGUUUUAUUAAAUUUGUUUUUCGAGAAAAUAUUUUUACACACGCACUUGCAUCAUUAGACUGUAUUAUUCUACAAGCGUUUUAGAAGAUGUACUAUUUUAAAUGAUGAUAAUUCUAUUCGUAACGUAAUAUGAAAAUAUGAAAUCUAUACAUGUUUAUGUCUAAAAAAAUCAAAAAAAUAUUAAAAAUGUUUUUUUUUAAGAACAUUUAGUAGUUCUUUUAUAACAAUCCUUUCUCAUUUCACUUUCUCGAUGAAUAAGUUUUUUCCUCUAUUUCAUUUUUUAUUCAUCCAUUGUAUUUUA